AUGCGUUUCGUCACUCCUUCGACAGUGGUGGCUGCAGCUAGCUUUGCUGCUGUUGCGACUGCGCAGACUUUCCGACGCUUUGGGACAUGUCCUACGUUAGGAUGUGUUAUUCCUCCAGAUCAACAGGAUUUCCUUGCGGGACAGUACUUUGACAUUCGUGUUGAGGUGCAUGCGCCUGUCAAUGGAUCCGAGGCGACGAACGGAGAGCCGGAUGAGCACUUCACCUUUACCAUCGCCAAGGUUGGGGGAGAGGCGAAGGAUGUGAGUGCGUACUUUGAGCUCGAGGAGCCCGAGCUUGAGACUUGGGACUUCAGCUGGUUCGAAGAUCUAUACGCCCAAGAUGCCGACACUCCAUCCAUCAUCAACGUUGCCUCCAAGGCCUGGCGAAGAGUAGCUCUGUACGAGCCAGGCGACUACGAGGCCAUCCUCAGCUACAAUGGCACCAACACGACCGCAUACUGGCACGUCCGUGACAUUGAGCAGGUCCGCAAGACCAAGAACGUCCUCAUGUUCAUCGGUGACGGCAUGACCACCAACAUGAUUACAGCUGCUCGCUUGAUCGCCCACAAGACUGUCAAUGGCCGCUACCAGAGCUUGAUGCAGCUGGACAAGUUCCCAGUGCUUGGUCACCAGAUGACUCACGCCAUCGAUACUUUCCUCACGGACUCAGCAAACUCUGCCACUGCCCUGUACACUGGCCACAAGUCGGUCGUCAACGCUCUUGGUGUUUAUGGCGACACAUCUGAGGAUCCUUUCGAUGACCCCAAGAUUGAGAGCAUUGCCGAGAUCUUUCACCGUGUUUACGGAGGGCACAUCGGAAUUGUGUCCACAGCCUUCAUCGCUGAUGCCACACCUGCAGCAUUGACUGCCCACACCAGAGACCGUGGCGAGUACGGCGCAGUCAUCGACUCUUUCAUCCACGGCAUUGUCAACUACACCUGGACUGAGUGGAAUGGACCUGAUGUUCUCUUCGGUGGAGGUGCCGAGAACUUCUGCAGUCCAGAGGUCGGUGGCGAGACAUACAUGGACCAGGACUACUACAAGGUCUUUGCUGAUGCUGGCUACCAAGUCCUCUACAAUGGCAGCUCUCUCGAGACCGCCUCCAACUCGGAGCGAGCGCUCGGAAUCUUCACCCAGUCAAACAUGGCCAAGUGGCUUGAUCGCAAUGUCUACACUGACAAUUUGGAAGGUGGAGAGAACAGCCCGACUUGCGAUGGUACCGACGCCGUUGAUCAGCCAGGUCUCCGUGAGAUGACUCUCAAGGCCAUCGACAUCCUCGAGACCCGCUCGAAAGCCGACGAUGACAAGGGCUGGUUCAUCAUGUCCGAGGCUGCCUCUGUCGACAAGCAAAUGCAUCUUCUCGACUACGACCGCGCUCUUGGCGAGCUUCUGGAGCUUGAUGACACCAUCCGUGCUUCAAUCAAGCACUUGGAAGAGCUUGGCGAGCUUGGAAACACCUUGGUCGUCGUCACUGCCGACCACGGUCAUGGCUUCGAUGUCUUCGGCAGCGUUGACACCAAGUACUUGAAUGAAAAGACCGAUCCACGUGAGAAACGCAAGGCUGUCGGGACUUACCAGGAGUCUGGUCUUUCACAGUACAUCAACACUAUUGGUGACGGACACCAGCUCAAGUACGUCGACUCCAACUUCCCAACCAACUGGGACCCACGGUACACUCUAGCCCAGGGUUUCUCCGCCAAUCCGGAUCACCGCGAGAACUACCAAGUCCACAAGAACAGCCCACGCAAGGCAGCGACCAACAUCACCGGCUUCCCCGCCACCGACUACUUCGUCAACGACGAGGAUGCCCAAUCUGGCUUCAUCGUCAACGGUACCCUCCCAACCAACGCCGACCAGGGUGUCCACUCUCUUACCGAUGUCGCCGUCUUCACCAUGGGUCCAAAGGGCUGCCAAGAGCUAUUCGGAGGUGUGUACAACAGCAUUGACAUCUUCUUCAAGAUGGCCGAGUGUUUGGGUCUUUCUCAGGUUCCAGCGGGUGGCAACGGCCACGGUAGCCACCCAGGCUACGGCAAGGACAACGCAGGCAAGGCCAAGGAGUGUCCAGAGGGCAACUACGAGCACUACAGCGAGAGCAGCCCAAGGUAUGGUGGCAAGGACGGUUAUGCUAAGCCUGGCAAGAGAAGCCAGAUGAAAACCUUCAAGAGGAGGCAGUCGUACCACUAG